AAGAUGCAGCAGCUCCACCACCAGUACCACCCUGUGGUCCUAAUUCCCUCACUCCCUCACACACUUUCUAUUGUUACUUUUUCAUGUUCCAACUAUAAUUCAUCUCUCAUUCAGUCACUCCAACCCUCACACCCCUACCCAACUGAACUGAUCAUUCAUUAAUAUCUGUUUUUGCAACACACUUUUUUUCCAACUUCUUCUCUCACUUUUUUUGUUAAGAGUAAGACCAUCAUCAUGAGUCUUGGUAAGGCUGAUGGGAAUUACCAGAGGAUGGAGAAGCAACAGAAGGCGGUGAAGAAGGAGGCGAUGAGGGAGUCUUCUGAUGAGGAAUUUGAGAGUUUGGAGGAGGAGGAGAAGAGGCAAAAAGGGGUGGUGGGUAGUGUUGGUUUUGGAAAUAAUGGAAAGAAAGGUGGGAGUACUGCAGGUAAUGGGAUGAGGUGUUGUCAAGCUGAGAAGUGCACAGCUGAUUUGAGUGAUGCUAAGCCAUACCAUAGGAGGCACAAGGUGUGUGAGCAGCAUGCUAAGGCCCAGGUUGUGCUUGUGGGUGGGAUUAGGCAAAGGUUUUGUCAACAAUGCAGCAGAUUUCAUGAGCUGUCAGAAUUUGAUGAAACAAAGAGGAGUUGCCGCAGGCGUCUGGCCGGACAUAAUGAGCGACGAAGGAAGAACUCUGCUGAGUCUCAUGCAGAAGGGUCAAGCCGCAAGGGAAUAGGUGGCAAUCAUCAGUUGAAGGAUCUUGUUUGUGGACAGGUUGAUGAUAGGGGAAGAAUUAAGAUAACCAUCCAUGAAAAUUCCACUUACAAGCAUUUCCAGAUCAGAUAAGAUAAUCCAACUAUGCCUCCUCUCAACAAGCAUGCUCUCUCUCUUCUGUCAUAGGAUGCAAUGAUAAUAACUUAGUGCUGUUGUGUACUUUGUAGUGUGGAUUUUCUCAAGAAAUUUAUUUAGGCUGAGUACAAAUGCCUGCGGCUUAGCAACUUCCAUUCAUGGUUCUAGAGUUGCUAAUUUUAGUUGGAGGUAUAGACUAUCUAGUACCUGGCUAAGCAAUUUAACUUUGUAUAUUUUGCAAGGUUAGAUUAUGAUUUGCACGUAUUUUCCUUCCUUGGCCCUUAAUUAAUUAGGGCUUAAUCUAUUUUAUCUAUUAUUUUCUGCCUA